AAUAAAUCCAAUUUGGUCACAUAAAUAAUUUUACUUUUUGGACUUUUCAGGAUAAAAUGUCACAUAAACCAACUCCAUACUCUCCAAAUUUUCCGGCAUCUCAGGGCUAUGAGCCACCGCCUGACAGGAAGCAAGAAUCUUACCCAAUGAGUCCUCAAACUGGAUACCCUCAUCCUCCUCCGGGACCAGUAGCACCUCCCGGACCCCCGCUACCGCCAGGAGCGCACCCUCUGCCUGGAAUGCAACCAGGUUUCCAGCCCGGGUUCCAGCCAGGUUACCAACCAGGAUAUCAGCCUGGUUUUGCGCCGGGAUUCCCUCACCCACAGCCAUACCCUGUUGUUCAACAGCCAAUUCCUCAAACUCAACCAGGUGGUUGGAUGACUAUUCCGCAAGGCCUAACCAACUGUCCGCCCGGUUUGGAAUACCUAUCAUUGAUUGACCAUCUUUUGGUGCACCAAAAAGUGGAACUCCUAGAGGCAUUCGUCGGUUUUGAAACUAACAACAAAUAUACUGUGAAGAACAGCGUCGGACAAAAGGUGUAUUAUGCCGUGGAAGAUAAUGAUUGCUGUACUAGAAAUUGUUGUGGGCCGAUGCGCCCUUUUGAUAUGAAGAUAUUGGACAAUUUUCAAAAUGAGGUGAUUCAUUUACACCGACCUCUUGCGUGUGACUCGUGCUGGUGUCCGUGCUGGCUACAGAGUAUGGAGGUAUCGGCUCCGCCCGGCAAUGUCAUCGGCACCAUAGAGCAGCAGUGGUCUAUCUGUAAACCGUGUUAUGACGUCAAAAACGCGGCAGGAGACGUCGUAUUGAAAAUCAAAGGACCUUUCUGCACUUAUUCAAUAUGCGGAGACGUGGAAUUUAAUGUAUAUUCAAAAGAUGGUGAAACUAAAGUUGGAAAAAUUACCAAACAAUGGUCUGGCUUUGCGAGAGAAGCUUUCACAGAUUCUGAUUACUUUGGCAUUUCGUUCCCGAUGGACUUGGACGUAAAGAUUAAAGCAGUUCUUCUGGGAGCAUGUUUUUUGAUAGAUUUCAUGUUCUUCGAAAAGUCUGGAAACAAGGAAUCUGAUGGUCCCGGCAUGCUGUAACCAAAACUGAUUUGAAAGGUAUUUUUUAUGGUUAUUUACUAUGUUAAUUAUAUCGACAUAUUUUAUAAUUAAAAUGUAAACAUUUGCAGUUUUUUUUAUAUUGAUUUUAUAUUCUCGUUAUCAUUUAUGUUUUAUUGAAAGCACAAACUUAGUUAGUUUACGUAAGUUCUGCAUUUACUUAUUUUACAUAUGAACUGAAAAGAACUUUCAGUGUAUAUAAUAUAUAAUGUUUUACUUAACAAUAAGAAGUUCGUAAAGAAGUCGUUCUUAUUAAAUGAAGUUCCUUAAAUAAAUAAAUGUAUGGCAGCAACUAAAGCUGUAAAAAUCAUUCACAAAUAAAGAAAUAAGAAAUAAUGUGUGAAAAGGAACUGAAAAAUGUUUGUGAGCAGGAACAAGCCUCAUAUUACAAUAAAAAAUGCAAAUAUUUUUAUUAUUUUAAAAUGAACUGGCAAUUAUACUAUUGUUUCAUACAAAUAAACUGGCAUUUAUAGGUUGGCUAUGUUAUAGAUGCUUCGGUUAAGUUUUAGUAAAGUACUGCACAAUAUAUGUAGACCAAUAUAAUUAUGAAUUGUUUGUACUUAUUUAUAAGACAUUAGGUGUAUUUUUUGAUAUUAUAUAUAAUAUAAUAGUAUUAUGGCGUUAAAAAUAAAGUAUGGAAGCAUUUUACUUUGUAAUAACAUUGUGUAACGUUGGUUAACUAAUGUUUGACAAACAAUAAUUUUCCAAAGAGUCAAAUAAACAUUUUAAAACUGUUUAUUUGAUAAAAUAAAUUAAAUUAAAAAUUUUGUUAAUGUAUUACUUUCCAAAUGUUUUUAACGUAAAAAAAAAAAUUUAUUGUUAAAUGUACCAAGUACGUAUUUAGUUUGUCGGAUUUGUAAUCUUACAAAAUAACGGUAUUAAAAAUUAAUUGAAGCAGAAUAUAAUAUUAAGUUCAUGUGUGUAUUACACUUUGAUAAAGUUUCUCAGAUCUUGUAUGAGUAUUAUCUAACCUAUUAGUAACUGGUAACUCCCUAAAAGUAAACUUAUCCUAUUUCUCACGCUUUAUAUUCUACUAAGAUAAGGUUUUGUGUAAGGAAGUUUGGUAAAUUAAGAAAUUUUCAAACAAUGUAUUUUGGCAAACGUUAUUUAUGCUACGCAUUGUUUUACCCAUUAACAUGAUUAUAAUUAGUUUGUCAAAUGAUGUUUUUAUAUGUAUUUGUUAAAUGAAUUAUUUACUGCACAAAUAUUUUUUGGUAAAGCGGUAACAUUAACAAAUAUAAAUUUGCCUGACAUUGAUUGUAAAAUGAGAAUUUGUAAUGUUUUUUGUCAAAUGAAAGGAUACCGUUAACAUUACAUACGCUUAUGGCAUUUUAAAAUAAGUACAUUUACAACGUAUAAUCUGCGUAACGCAAUACUAAUAAUUUUGUAAUAAGAUUUUAUGAAAUAACCGUUUAAAUACAACAAAUUUUAUAUUAUUAACUAGUUUUAAAAAGUUGUAAUCACCUCAUAAAUUAUAAUAUUGUUACGUAAAAUAAAUUUCAAAUGAGUACUUUUGCAUUAAGAAAUGAUUCGUUUCUAAAUUAUGCUUUAGAUAUAAAAAUGAUGUCCUACUUGUGAUAAUAACAGUCUGGUCAUACCAUUACAUAGAUAACAGUUACAGUAAGUUACAACUAAUAUGCUAGGAGUACAUGGUGAAUCUUUGUUAGAGCAGAGCAAUAAGGCUACUAGGUAUCAGAUUAGGGUUUCUUAAACUUUUGACUCCACGAACCCCCGUUAGAUUCCAGAUGAACCCCUUACCUAAGUAAUGAAACUUCCCGUACCACCCAAAUUAGGAAAAUAUUACAUUAUUCCUUGAGAAAAUAAGGUUUUACAAAAGUAAUAAUACCUCUUUUAUAUUAAUGUAAUAGAUGGGCUUCAUCGUCAAGCCAUCUUGUCACGAAACUACAGUCGAAUGGCGAGCCUUUCUACACCUCUUUGAGAAAACAUGUAUUAGAUCGAUCAAGAUUGCUUUGUCCAAUUUUAAACGAAUUCUGAUUUUUUCUGUCUCACGCUUGAAAAUAGGAACGCGAUGUAUGUAUAGUUACGGGGUUGGGCAGCGAAUGUACCAAUUCAGAUAAUGACUAUUGAUAUAUUAAGUACUAUUGAUAUUUAUAGCAUCUUGUUUCGAUAAGCAUAAGUGUACCUCUCACUCGCACUCAGUUAUAAUUGAUUCGUACCUACUCAUUGGCCGACACUGCUACCCUUCGAAAUUUAACAAGUAGGUACAUCAAUGAGUCACAUCAGUUGUAUCUCACUGUAACUGUAUUUGUAUCGAAUUAGUUUAAAGAAAUUGUGUCAAUAUCUCAUUAUAGUUAGAAUUAAAAUAAGAUCUUUUUCUACUUGUUACCGAAAAUUUCAUGGGCAUUUUAAUGCGUAUAAACAUAUUAUACUUAUUAAAAAGUAUAAAUAUAUGCUGAGGCACAGGCCAAAUAUUCAUUAUUGUUUUUAUAAGAAUUCAAAAUCAAAAGGGAAGAGGUUAUAUAUUCGACGGCAAUGUAUGUUUUUUUUUAUUUAUAUUCACCGAAAUUUUCGUCAAUUGUUAACCGAUUAAAAUCGAAUAAGUAAACGUCCUUUAUAGCUUUUCUCCAAAUAUCACCUAAAUAUUAAGAUGAUGUAUUAUGCAUGGCCCAUUUCAGCUAAAAAACAAAAGUUAUCUAUAAGUUAGAAUUCAUUGAAACACUGAAAGGAGGAUUUUGUAUGUUCCACGCGUAUGUAUACUUCACUCUUUGAUGUAUAUUUUUAAAAUAUGAAAUAAAUCUUUCCUCUUUUAAAUAUGAAUAUAUACAAAAUCUUCUUUUCUACGACUCACUUAGUUGAAUAUUUUAAUUAAGAUAGAUAUUUAAUAUUUUUUGUGUUAUCUAUCAUAUAAAAAAUAAUCAGUAUCACUG